AUGGCUAUCUUUAGAUCCAAAUCAUCUAACAAAACCCCACAGGAAGGGGGACACAUGGACGUCAAGCUCACGCAAAAGGAUGAGGAACAAUAUAAAGUGCACACCGCCAACAUCCAUGACCCCAUCUUGACUGCCGUCAACGAAGCCCAACCAUUCGAACAAGCUGCUCAAAGAGACACAAGGAGGCCAUCGUACUUGUCCAAUGAUUCAGCUGAUUUGAAGGAUAUAUUUGGCCAACCAAUUAGACAAACUGAUAUGUCGAACCCCACGAGAAAUAGGAAUGAGAGGCCUUUGGAUACCAUACGUGGGUUCGAGUAUGCCAUCACUGGUGACAUGACUUACCGAGAUCAAUUGGAGAGUGGUCGUUUGGGAUGGGGGUUCCAUGAAGAUUUUCCAUACUAUAACUUGAAUGGACAAGGAGGAGCAGGCGGUCAAGAUGAGGGACAGAUGGGAGGAAGUGGAAGACCAGUGAUUAAUUUCGAUGAUCAACCAGUUUACCAAGCGCAGAACUAUAGUGCUAGCUCUUUGCAGAAUGAUACUGGUAAGAAGAAAAAGAGAGGUUUAUUUGGAAGGAAGAAGUAA